UUCCCCAGGCAAAGUGAAAUCAAGCCGCGGACUCGGACAAAAUAUAGUCCCCGUUUUUCAACUUAAAAUUACCGAAAGAAAAGCUAACCCGCUCCCCCGUCGGACCCCUCGACGUUCGGCCGUUAAUCUGGACAGGACCCGUCCGGGGCCUGAGCUCUUUCUGCCGGGUUUGGAGCACUUUUGAAGACGGGCGGAAAGUGGGUGAUGAGUCCUAGCCUGUAAAAAGAAGCGAGAACUUGCUUUUGCAGCCUGAGUAGUUCUUCUUUCAAUUGUUAUUGUCGCUUUAAAAAAUCUUUUAUUCACUUAAAACUUCGUCUCGGUCGCGUCGAAAGUGGGAGAAAAGUGCUUUUCUGGUCGGAACAUGGAACUACAAGGCCUGCAAGAGGCGUUGAAAGUAGAAAUCCAAUGUCAUCAGGAUGGAGAGCUUAAGAGACAGCUACACGACAGGAGAAUAACAGCCCUGAGCGAUAAACAAAACCAGACGUUGUGCAAAGGCCUCAACGAACUUCAGAACGGACAGAAGCUGGCGGUCAGAAGUUGUCCUGUAGCGUCGACUAAGCCGCUGUCUCUCAUCAAGCCUCCCAGCCAGGGCAUCGCCAUCUCCGUGGUGCCGGCCAAAGCUCCCGUUUCCAUGGUGACCGCACACAUUAACGGACAGAAGGCGGCGAGCUCGGAGUCGCUGCAGACGUCCCCCAUCAACCUCCAGACGGGCGGCAGGGUGGCGGCCACCGGCGUCCACCCGUUCAGCAGCAGGAGAGCCGGAGAGCUGUCUCCCUCACAGAUGCUGGGAACUCUCACUGCUGUGCCCAUCAAGGUGCCUCAAGUCAGCUCCCUGCACCGGCUGGCAGGACAAGCAGCCACUGUGCUACCUCAGGUCAGGCCAAAGACCCAGAUCCCCGACAGCCUCCCCCACAGUCCGUGUCAGGAGCUGCAGCCUCUCGGCCUGCCGAGGGCCACGGCCGUGGUCAGUCCGAAGAGCCAGGGCGCCACGCUGCCCACCGCCAACAGCACCUUCAGCCCCGAGCGCCAGAGCGACACCUCGCCGCCCCCGGCACCGCCACACGCCCCGUCGGGGGGCCCAGACUCAGGCAGCCCCGUCCAGCACGCCUCCGCGGGGCCCGGCGUGGCGUACGCCAUCAUCGCCACCUCUCCCGCCACCAGCAACGGGGUGUCCUCCGUCAGCGAGGCCGUCAAGGUGCAGCCACUGCUCUUCAGCGCUGAUAACAAGGUGAUAAUAAUCCAGCCGCAGGCCCCCAGCAGCACUGAGGGGUCCCCGGUGGCCCAGGCAGACCUCCCGUCACAGGAGGCCCCACCCGCCCCGAAAUCCCCCACCCAGAAGAAAGACGAAGACCCAGAGAAAAUUGCCUUCAUGGUCGCCCUCGGCCUCGUAACCACAGAACACCUGGAAGAAAUCCAGACGAAGAGACAGGAGAGGAAGAGACGAAGCACAGCCAACCCGGCCUACAGCGGCCUCUUUGAACCAGAGCGUAAACGUCUGGCGUCACAUUACCUGAACAGCUCGCUCUUCCUGUCAGCGCGAGACUCUGAGGAUUUCAGCUGGAAGGAGGACCUGGAGCAUGACGAGCACUGCGCCGUCUGUAAGGAGGACGGCGAGCUGCAGCCGUGCCACAACUGCCCCCGAGCCUUCCACCCCAACUGCCUCCACCCGCCGCUCAAAACCCCCCCCAGGGGACCCUGGUACUGCCCCAAGUGCCAGAAGAAGGUGCUGAACAAAGAAAACAUGUCGUGGCCACAGAACUUUGUUCAGUCCUACGUUACACACAAGACGGUGAGGCAGGAGGAGAAGCGACGGCUGCUCAGACGAAACACGGAGCUGAAGAAAGAGUGCGCUCACCUGGAAGAACAAGACGAGAAGCUCAACGAAGCGCUCAAACAGUGUAUGGACGUGAGGGAGAGACUGCUGGGCCAGCAGAGAGACACUCAGGCCUCGCUCGAACGCCUCAAAGCUCUCAUCAGGGCUGCUCCUAUCCCUUUUCUACCACACAAAACCUUCAAAAGGACUUCUACCUAA